GUGGGCCUGUGAAGUGAUAAUGGUGUCUGAUAAGAGAUGGGUAGUUGACUGUGGUGUGUGUGUGUCCUCAUUGACCGGAGAUCAUUUUUGCCAUUCCUAUGUACACACUGGUUUUCACUUUUUAGUGAUGCCAUAGCUUGUCUUGGCAAUGUUAUACCCAUCUGGUUGAACCCUAAAGAACCUAUUCAUACAGAUUUCCUUCCAUGACUUCCAAUAUGUGUCAAUAUGUGGUGUUAGGUACAGCACUUACAUGGUAACAGAAAGAGGCACUGUGAUCUCUACAAAAAGGCCACCAUAAUCUGUUACAAACAGGACAACCAAACAAUAAAUGGUUGUACUCCACUCUAUAUGGCCUGUCAGAAUGGACACAAGCAGACAGUUGACGUUCUGUUGAAGAAUGGAGCAAAUGUUAAUCUGACCAAGACAGUUGAUCCUCUCACAUCUCCUCUGGAGGUAGCUGCUGGAAAAGGUCACACAGAGAUUGUGGAGAAACUGAGAUCAGCUGGAGCUGUCAUCAACUACCAGAACAAGGAUGGUGCUACUCCACUCUAUGUGGCCUGUCAGAAUGGACACAAGCAGACAGUUGAUGUUCUGUUGAAGAAUGGAGCAAAUGUUAAUCUUACCACUACAGUUGAUCCUCUCUCAUCUCCUCUGGGGAUAGCUGCUGAAAAAGGUCACACAGAAAUUGUGGAGAAACUGAUAUCAGCUGGAGCUGUCAUCAACUACCAGAACAAGGUAUGAGGCAGAGCCUCACCUCUAUUCAUUCCAA